GAACCAUAACUAGUGUUGUAGAUUGUAGCUGUUUACACGUAUGAGAAAAUGUGCUUAAAUUCUGUCUUUUAGUCUUCUCUUUACAUUCUACUAUGGAAGAUAUGGAUUUUAGUUCACUUGAGGUGAAGACGGCACAUGUUUCUUGUUUGUAUCCAGAGAUUUUAGCACUUAUAUUUAGCUACCUCGACGUUAAGGACAAGGGCCGUGCGGCACAGGUUUGUAAAGCGUGGCGGGAAGCCGCCUAUCAUAAGUCCGUGUGGCGAGGCGUAGAAGCCCGGCUACACUUGAGGCGCGCCAACCCGUCUUUGUUUCCGAGUUUACUGCGUCGAGGCAUCCGUCGUGUACAAGUGCUUAGUUUACGCAAAAGUCUACGGGACGUUGUGCAAAGGCUACCAAAUAUAGAAUCUCUUAAUCUGAGCGGCUGUUAUAAUCUGACAGACUCUUGGUUAAACCACGCCAUGGUCCUCGAAGUGCCGUCACUCACAAUCCUUAACCUUAGCAUGUGUAAACAAAUUACAGACUCCAGUCUUAAUCGUAUAGCCCAAUGUGUUAGUUAUUUAGAAGUUCUCUAUCUCGGUGGUUGCAGCAACAUCACAAACGAAGGUCUACGUUUUAUCGCCUCAAAACUGAAAAAACUUCGAGUGUUAAAUCUGAGGAGUUGUCGUCACAUCUCUGAUAAAGGAAUUGCAGAUUUGGCUGGUCUGUCCCUAGAGAGUGGAAGUGGAGCUGUGGGUUUGGAAAACUUAGGCCUUCAGGACUGCCAGAAAAUAACUGACGAAGCCUUACGGCAUCUCAGCCACGGUGUGUUGCAUCUUAAGAGUAUCAAUCUUAGCUUCUGUGCUGGAGUUACAGAUUCGGGGCUGAAACAUUUAGCGCGGCUGUCGACUGUACGUGAACUCAACCUUCGCAGCUGCGACAACAUUUCUGAUAUUGGAAUGGCAUAUUUGGCCGAAGGUGGGUCAAGAGUGACCAUUCUGGACGUUAGUUUUUGUGAUAAGGUAAGUGACCAGGGUCUUCUGCAUAUAUCUCAAGGUUUGUUUAACCUGCGCAGCCUCAGUUUGAACGCUUGUCCAAUUAGUGAUGAAGGGCUAAGCCGUGUGGCACGUACUCUGUCUGAUCUGCAUACCUUAAAUAUUGGUCAGUGUUGUAGGGUUACGGAUAAGGGACUUAGCCUUAUAGCGGAUCAUCUUCAUCACUUACAGUGUAUAGACCUGUACGGAUGUACGAAGAUCACAACAGUAGGUCUUGAGAAAAUUAUGCAGAUACCAAAUCUUGCAGUUUUAAAUCUUGGCUUAUGGCAGCGAGAACAUAAUGGUGGUCUUCCGAAACCAAAGGAAAUUGGUAGUGGACUUCAUAGUUUAAUAGGAACUGUAAAAUAUAAGUAAGAGUGCCAUUUAUAUAUGUGUGUGCAUGUCGUCAUGGCCUAGAUCAUCCAGGUAUACACUCUGUUUGUCAACCGUCCACUUGGUUAACUUCACCAUCACAAGAUGUUUAUGUUCUGUGUAAUGGGAUGUGUUAGGAGUUAGUACUGAACGGUAUUCUACUUGUUUAUACAUUAUGAUAUAAAAAAAAGGAAAACGUUGAGAUUAAUAGAGGAUCUCUGAACCGUACAACUAGGCUAAACAGAACCGAAACGAAACACUUAAAAGCUAUAUGUUUUUCAAGUUGUGAUAUUAGGGGCAGCAACUGCAAGGUGCAGAUUUAUUAAUAUGUAAUUAGAUGAAUCGGUUUUGUUAUCUUACUGAGAUGUGUUUUAUUCCAUAUUCGUGCACCUUUUAUGUAAUCAUAGGAGUGUAGAUAUGAAACAAGAGCUGUAGAGUUUAGCGUAAGCAUUCAGAAAUGAGUCUGAAUGCUGUACAGUUCAACAACCACUUAGGCUACUUGUUAUGAAUCAAAGGUGCUCAAAAGUAUUGUUUUUGAAUUUAAUUAUGUAACAAAAGGAAUAAAAUAUCACCUGAUGUCGAAACAA